UUACCAAGCGCAUUUUGUAUAAGAUUUAGAUUUUGUUUUAAGCAGUUUUAAGAUGUCAAAAGUGUAGGUCAACUUUUACCAAAUUAUCCACUUGUGUAAAAAUGGUAUAUAAGGAUAAAAACCUAACCAACGAAACGUUUUACAAAUUUUAAUUGACAAUGUCUGCCACGAAAGUGUUCUUCGUGUUAGCCAUACAUUUAGUUGUGAUCUAUGGCCUAAACGUCGACAUGAAGAGAGAAUUAUUUUACCAGGGCAGGGAACUGUUUUGUGCACAACUCCAGUGUACAGAAAACAUAAGAGAAGACACUCAGAUAUCAGCUCUGGUCAACAUGUCAGUCUAUGUGAUCAACGAACCAGGGGACAAGCUAAUGUUGGCGUCUGUUUCAGGAUCAGAUUCAAAGGCUCGAGAUUACAAAGUGCCAGGGGUUUUUGUGAACGGGAAUAUAUCCCACCAUGGCGGAGAGCUGCAGUUGUUUUUGUCCAAUGAUUCCGCUUGCUAUGAAAAGAUACUGACAUGUGAAAUAUACUUCACGUAUAAGACAGGAGAGAUUAGGUUCGCAGAAGAACAGACGGCUUCGUUACGAAAAGAGAACAUGCGAAAAUCAGAUUUGAUGCUGAAUUUAAAAGCUAAAACUGUGAACUAUGUUAAAACUGUGGACACUAUGGCCGAUUUCCUAAAAACGUUUGAAGAUCCAAGUAAACUUAAGGGAGCUGACAUGUCAAUGUCAUUACAGAUGUCACAUUCAAGUAGCGAUGACAACGGUUUUCCAAGAAAAAACUUUACUGACACUCAUAAACAAAUAGAAUCUUCUAAUAGUCUACAGAGUUUUGAAACAAGAAUAAAUAACCUGACAGCACAGUUACAGUUUGUAAAUGAGAGGUUCAAUCAUUUAAAAGAUAAACGUUUAAACAUGAAUGAAGAAAAUACGGAAAAGGAACAAAACACCAAUUCGCUAAUCUGGACAAAGAAAAUGUGUAAAAGAACACGUAACUUCAACUUAACAAGUAGACAGCUUGUUCAGCUCAACCAAUCAAAGUUAACAUUAUGUGACACGAAAACGGACGGCGGCGGCUGGAUUUUAAUAUUACUUACAGGUAUUACUUUGAAAAUGUAG